AUAUAGAGUAAGACUAUAUACAACACACUCGUAAUUAUGUUUUUUGAAAAUUGACCGUAUAACAAAAGCUUAAUGCAUCGACCCGAUCUUUCCGACUCUCAAAUUAGUUAAGUCCACGCGCUACACGUCUUGGUAAACUUCUUAGCCCCUUCCUCUCUCCCUUCCCACUCUCUUCUUCUCCAUCUCACCUAUAACUUCUCCAGUUUUACAUAUAUAUAUAUACCUAUAACUUCACCAAAAUCAUCUAAUCUCUCUGAAAUUCAGUUUUCUCAUCUGGGUCUGUCUUGUUUUUGAUCAUUCUUGAGUUUUUCUCUUGUGGGUAUUCCUUGAUUUUGCUCAAAACCGUCAAAUUUUGAAUCUUUUUGUUGUGGGUCUGUCUUGUUUUGCUCAAAGUUUGAAUCUUUCUAUUGUGGGUGUCUCUUGAAACCCUUGAAAAAUGGUGCGUUGUAGUAACAAUUUAGUGGGGAUUCUGAAUAUAGUGACACUUUUGCUGUCGAUCCCAAUUAUAGGAGGAGGGAUAUGGUUGUCAAAACAAGCAAAUACAGAGUGUGAGAGAUUUCUUGAAAAGCCAGUAAUAGCAAUAGGUGUUUUUAUAUUGCUUGUUUCAUUGGCUGGUAUAAUUGGAUCUUGCUGUAGAGUUACUUGGUUACUUUGGGUUUAUCUACUUGUUAUGUUUUUGUUGAUUUUGUUGCUUUUCUGUUUCACAAUCUUUGCUUUUGUGGUGACUAAUAAGGGUGCUGGUGAAACAAUUUCUGGUAGAGGGUAUAAGGAGUAUAGAUUUGGGGAUUACUCUAAUUGGUUGCAGAAAAGAGUUGAUAAGCAUUGGAAUAGAAUUCAUAGUUGUUUGCAGGAUAGUAAGAUUUGUGAUACCUUGAUUCAGGAAUCUAAUACUAAAGCUGAUGAUUUCUUCAAGAAACAUCUAUCUGCUCUUCAGUCUGGUUGCUGCAAGCCAUCGAAUGACUGUAACUUCCAGUACGUGAGCCCAACAAACUGGACAAGAUCAUCGACCUCAUCCACUACCAAUCCAGACUGUGCUACAUGGAGCAACGAGUCAAAUUUAUUGUGCUAUGGCUGCCAAUCCUGCAAAGCUGGGCUGCUAGACAACAUCAAGAGUGAUUGGAAGAGGGUAGCUGUGCUCAACAUCAUUUUCCUCGUCUUCCUCAUCAUCGUCUACUCUAUCGGAUGUUGUGCUUUCAGGAACAACCGAGAGGACAAUGCUUGGAAGCGUUAUCCUUAAACACUCUCUGUUGAGUCUCGACUGCUUUAUGUUGCGUAUCGUAUAGACUAUAGAUCACUUAGUAUGAGUUUAUGCUCUUUCUUGUACAGAGUGUAUUUCUUCUGCUAGACAAUUUACUUAUGGCUUUUGGAUAUAUGUGAAUUCCUAUUAUUGAAUUCUUUGUUUAGAAUUGUCUUCUUGAUUAGAUGGAGUCUUUCAUCUACA